AUGGUAUCAAAUUCUCUUACGCCAUCCUUCCCCGAUGCUGAAAUCUCGCCGUCCUCGAAGUCUUCCGCGUCACGAUGGUCCGCCCUUAGAUCCGCGAAGCCAUUUUCGGAAUUUCUCACCGAUCGCUUCAACCGUCAACAUGAUUAUCUCCGAAUAAGUGUGACCGAGCGCUGUAAUCUUCGCUGCCUCUACUGCAUGCCCGAAGAAGGCAUCCAGCUGUCGCCACCGAGCCGCCUCCUCACCACGCCCGAGAUCGUUUACCUAUCGUCGCUAUUCGUCGCGCAAGGUGUUACAAAAAUCCGCCUGACUGGUGGCGAACCUACCGUGCGGAAGGAUAUUGUGCCGUUAAUGCAGUCUAUCGGCGAGUUGCGGCGGAAUGGUCUGCGUGAAUUGUGCCUAACGACGAAUGGAAUCUCUCUGCACCGCAAAUUGGACGCCAUGGCCGAGGCAGGACUCACAGGAGUGAAUCUCAGUUUGGAUACAUUGGACCCAUUUCAGUUUCAGAUCAUGACGAGGAGAAAAGGGUUUGAUGCUGUGAUGAAGAGCAUCGACCGCAUCCUCGAGAUGAACCAGAUGGGUGCGGGAAUCAAGUUGAAAAUCAACUGCGUCGUGAUGCGAGGGCUCAACGACCGGGAAAUAAUCCCUUUCAUUGAAAUGGGGCGUGACAAUCCCAUCGAAGUCCGUUUCAUCGAGUACAUGCCGUUUGACGGUAACAAAUGGAGCCAGGGCAAAAUGGUCUCCUAUCAGGAGAUGCUGGCUAUCAUCCGAGAGAAGUAUCCCGCUUUGGAGAAGGUUCCCGAUCAUAAGAACGACACGAGUAAAACUUAUCAGGUGCCAGGCUUUAUGGGUCGGAUUGGGUUUAUCACCAGCAUGACCCACAACUUCUGCGGGACCUGCAAUCGUUUGCGAAUUACCUGUGAUGGUAAUCUCAAGGUGUGCCUGUUCGGGAAUGCAGAGGUGUCACUCCGCGACAUUAUUCGGAAAGCAAACAACGGAGAGCCUCUUGAUGAAGAUGCCAUGAGAAGUUUGGAAUCCGUCGCAGAUGCAACAGAAGCUUCGCAGAGAGAACAGGAGCUGCUCAAUAUCAUCGGCAUGGCGGUCAAACGCAAGAAGGCGAAACAUGCCGGCAUGGGCGAAUUGGAGAAUAUGAAGAACCGCCCUAUGAUUCUUAUUGAUAAUGGAAAUACGAGCAAUUGGAUAAAUGCCACACCUUUUUGCACUCCACGAACCGGACUGGCAUCAGCUGCCUGGGGGAGAAGGGUCCCUGUACACUUGCUCUCCGCCGGUUCACAAUUUGCCCCACGGAUCCGAUAUUAUUCCCGCAAACGUGAAGACAGCCCGUCUGUUGCAGACUCCACAAAGACAAAUUCAGAGAUGGGAAAAGAAGAUUCCAUCCAGAUCUCCCUUCCUACCACCUCAGACCCCGACCUGCCGCAUCUCAACAGCUCGCAACAUGUGCACAUGACCAAGAUUGCUGAGAAGCCGGUGACGAAGCGACAGGCUACGGCUACAUGUCUGGUUCAAUUCUCCAACGCGCGGCCAUGGGAGAUCCUACGGGAGGGUCGCGGCACGAAAAAGGGAGACGUCUUCAGUGUAGCCCGCAUUGCUGGCAUCAUGGCUGCGAAGAGAACCCCGGAUCUUGUGCCGCUGUGUCACCCGGGAAUUGGCAUCACGGGCGUCGAGGUCGAUGUGAGGUUGCUGGACCCUGGAGCAUCGGAAGCGCGUGCGGACGGGUCAAUGAGGCAUGGGGCAAUGCAUGUCACGGCUACUGUCAGCUGCCUGGGACGUACGGGGGUGGAGAUGGAGGCGAUGACGGCUACUAUGGGGGCUGCCCUGACGGUGUACGAUAUGUUGAAAGCAGUGGAUAAGGGGAUGGUGAUUGGUGGCGUGAAAUUGCUGGAGAAGAAGGGGGGCAAAAGUGGGCAUUGGAUCCGGCACGAAGUGGUCAAAGAGAGUGAGGAAGCUAGUUAG